AUGUGCAGAGAUAUAGUGAUGGAGUGUUUCAACUUUCAAGGAUAUAAUGAAAUUGGGAAACUGAUUGUUGGAAUUGUUAGCAGAAGCUUUUCAUUUUGUGCCAUUACUAUUUACUAUCCACCGUGCCCUGGCCAGGAAUUAACCUAUCAUAUCGGCGACUUACAAGUUGUCCGUAAAAUUCACUGGAUUGAUGUUCCUCGCACGCCCUGUGCGCUAGUGGCUAACAUUGGAGUUCUUCUACAAGCAUAUUCUCAUGUGCGUAGCCGUUUAAGAUUUGAGGCUAGUCUUUCGUCUUCCGUAAGAAAAUUAUCCGACUCGAGUAGACAUUAG